AUGAAUAUCUGUACCGGUGUUGCAACAACAAUCAUCCCAGACUUGCUGCGUAAAGCAUGGGAGGAACUUCAGUAUUUGUGUAAACACAAGAGUUAUGUUCAAGAUUUCAAAAAGGAAGAAGAAGACUUAUUAUCUGCAUUGCAAAGUGUAAAGCUAGAGAUAGAAGAAGCCAAGAAAAGAAAUAAGACUCGAGUUGACCCUAUGGUUGAACACUGGCUUGAAAGUGCCAAUGAACUUUUACAGCAAGACACUAAACCAGCUAAAUGCUUUGGCUUGUGUACAAAUUGCUGCUCGCAAAUUGCACAAGCCAAGGAGUUGGAAAAAUUGAUGAAAGAGCGGAUCCCGAAAAUGAUCGCUAAAGUUAAAGAAUUUCCUAAAGAAGUAGCACGUGCUGCUGGAGUGCCGGGCAUGGAAUUCCAUUCACAAGAGUUCAUGCCCUUUGAGAGUAGAAAGAAAAAGUUUGAAGAACUCAAGAAGGAACUAGGAGAUGAGAAUAAAUACAUGAUAGGAUUGCAAGGACCAGGAGGAACAGGGAAGUCCACAAUGGCAAUAGAAGUUGGGAAACAAGUUGAAAAAUCAAAACUCUUUGAUAAAGUCAUCUUCACUAAUGUGUCUACCCCUGUGGAUGAAAAAAGGAUUCGAGAUGAUAUUGCAAAGCAAUUAGAAUUGCAAUUAGAGGAAGAGAUGCCAAUGAGUCCUGCGCAACAAAUAUGGACCAGGAUUGCUCAUGUUGGAAAGGUGCUCAUAAUACUUGAUGACAUAUGGGAAGAACUCGAUCUUAAGAACAUGGGGAUUCAGCCUCGCUUUGAUGUCAAGGGUUAUUGUUGUGUUCUGCUAACUACACGUUCUUCGAUUGUUUGUAACAACAUGGGAUGCCAAAGGACAAUUCAAUUAGAUGUCUUGCCUAUGGAUGAUGCAUUGAAUCUUUUCUUAUCUCAUACUACUGCAAGUGGAAAUGAUUGUCCUGGUGAUUUGAAAAAGUUGGCACAAGAUAUUAUGAAUGAGUGUGGAGGAUUGCCAAUUUUGAUUGUAGCAGUGGCAAAGGCCUUAAAAAGCCUGUCCCUACAACAAUGGCAGGCAGCUUUGAUUACAUUGAAAAACCCCAUGCCUUCAAGGCAUGGUAUUGUUGAUGAGGAUAAAAGGAAGAUUUAUAAUUCUUUGAGACUUAGCUAUGAUCAUCUAAAAGACGAAGAAGCCAAAAUUCUCUUCCUGUUGUGUUCUAUGUUCCCAAAAGCUUAUGAAAUACCCUUAGAGCUUUUAAGUAGAAUUGCUAUAGGUUUGGGGCUUUUUGGAGAACGCGACCAAUACUACGUAGCAAGAAGUCAUGCUAAUGAGAUUGAAAAUGCACUCAUAAAUUCUUCUUUAUUGUUAAAGGCUGGUGAAGUAUAUGUAAGGAUGCAUGACGUCAUCCGCGAAAUGGCCUUGGAAAAGAUAGACAAUGAAAAAAUUCAAGUGAUCACAGAUUCUAAGACAAAAUUGAAGGAGAAUGUGAUGUACUCAUCUUGGAUCAUUAGUGGCUUUCCUAAUUGUUCUGAUGAUAGCAAAGUCAAGGUUCUCUUUGUAUGGAUAAAUGCAAAUGGUUCUUUGGAAGUUCCUAAUACAGUCUUUGGAGCGAUGAAGAGCCUUAGAGUUCUGCUUUUGAAUUCAAAAAUUGAGUUUGGUAGAACUCCAGCUCAAUCGCUACCAAAAUCAAUUCAAUCACUAAAACAUAUCCGAACACUAUCGCUCACAAAUUUGGAGUUGGAUGACAUAUCAAUGUUGAUGAGAAGCUUAGAAAAGCUUGAGUCUCUAGAAUUGACUAAUUGUUCAAUUACAGAAGUGCCAAAUGGAAUUAGCGAGCUAGAUAAGUUGAGAUUUCUAAGCUUGAUACGUUGUUCACUUCAAAAGAACAAUCCAUUUGAAGUGAUUGCAAGAUGCUCGCAAGUGGAAGAAUUGUGUUAUGUUUCAAAUGAGGAUCAUACGCCUAUUGGCGCAAAGGUUCCUCAAAUUACAAACCCUCCUGAUUAUCAAACAUUCCAUAUAGAUGGCAGUGAUUUCUCUGCGUUUGAUUCUUCUCAGCUGGAUGCUUCAAUAAAAAAAUGUUUCAAGCCAGCCAGGUUGCAAACAAUGUUCUCUGAUGAAGUUAUUAAAUAUUUGGCGGCAAGAGCAGAGAUUCUGGAUCUAAGAGGAGAUGAUAAAACAGGCUGGAGCAAUCUUAUUCCUGAUAUUGUUUCAAUUGAAGAUGAUGGAGCCAUGAAAGACUUAAUCAAACUUUCUUUGAAGAGAUGGUCUAAGAUGAAGUGUUUGAUCUAUACAAAGAAUCUUCAACUUAAAUCUGGAGUGACUAUCUUCUCCAAGUUAAUUGAACUGCAACUUGAUGGAGUGGAUGUGAGAGAAAUAUGUUGUGGACGGUAUCCUAAUGGUUUUCUCAAGCAACUAGAGAAGCUGGAGCUAACUAGAUGUCAGAAGUUGGAAAGCACAUUAUUUAAAGGGAAGCUAGACCUGGGUAACCUUAACUCCAUAGAAAUAAACAGUUGUUCAAUGACUUGUCUUUUUCAUCCCUCCACUGCUCAAAGUCCAGAGAACCUAGAGAAGUUGAAGAUAGCUGUAUGUUCUAAGCUGGAAUACAUAAUAAGUGAUGAGGGAUCGUCAACAGCAAAAGAAGUGGAUGAUAAGGAUCCUAAUCCAAGGAGGAGUCAUGACUCCAUGUUCCCAAAAUUGAAACUACUCCAUGUUUAUAAAUGUGAGGAAUUGGAAUUCAUUUUGCCAACUUGUUUUUGCGAAGACCUUCCUCUAUUGGAGGGUGUGGAGAUUUCUCUGUGUGAGAAUCUAAAAUACAUGUUUGGGCAAUAUUCAAAAGAGGGAGGGUUGCAUCAAAUGCAAAAAGAAAACGCGCUCCCUAGUUUGAAAGUAAUGUCUAUUGAAGAAGUUCCAUCAUUUGUCAACAUAUAUCAAGAAUGUUAUCUCCCAGAAAAAUCCGUAGCAAAUACAAGUGAGGGGUCAGAGGACUGCAAAGACAAGAGUCCAAGUAGCAAUGUUUCUUGGGGUCCUUUAUGUUGUUUUCUGCCAAAAUCAGAAACUGCAAACAAAGAUGAGUCAUGUACUUCCAAGACAGCUCAGCUGAACCAUACUACUUCACAGAAUAAAUAUGUUGGCAAUAGAGCUCAUGGAAUUUUUACACCACCGUUAUACCCGUGCUAUUUGAGAGAGAUGAAUAUUGGAGGCAUUUCAAACUUAAGGUCACUAUUUUCUGUAUCCGUUGCCUCAUCAAUGUCACUGUUAGAAAAAUUGACAGUCCGGAGGUGUGAUGAACUGGAGCAUAUAGUAAUGGAGGAGGUAGAUGGUCAUGAUCAUAUGAAUGGCCGCUUUUUCUUUCUCAACUUACGCACCAUUGAAAUAUUUUCAUGUCGCAAGUUGGAAUCUCUAUUUCCAGCUUCUUGUUCUACAAAGCUUGUGCACUUGGAAUCUGUGGAUAUCCGCGGGGCUAGAGAGUUGGAAUAUGUGUUUGGAAAAUCUUGUGGUGAUGAUAAGUUACGUCAACAGAAUCAGAAUUGUGAGAUUCAUCUCCCAGCUCUCGAGAAACUAAGCCUUGAAGAAGUACCAAAUAUGGUGAAUAUGUGCCCUGAAAACUAUUAUGUGAAAGCAUCAUCUCUAGAAGAUGUCAUUUUGGGUGAAUGUCCACAACUUCCUAUAAACUCUUUUAUAGAUGUAUCAGUGGAGGGGCAUAGAGGACAAGAACAAGUCUCGAGAAAAAAGGUAAUUGGGAUGUGCUUGUGCAAUUUGAGACAUCUUUCUUUGAAAUGGUUGGACAUGGAAACAAUUUAUGAUAUGGAAAGACUUCAAAUUGCAUGUCCUGUGAAUUCAAGCUUGAAAACCCUGAUUUUGAGAAGAUUGAAUAAGUUAAGAAACAUAUGUGUGGGACCAAAAAAUCAUCUCAGCUUUCAAUAUCUUUUCAAGCUAAAAAUCGACGAGUGCGAUCAGCUGAAAUUCAUUUUGCCUACAUCUAUCUCGAGGGGCCUGUCAUGUUUGAGACACCUAGAGGUAUCAUAUUGUGGAGAGUUAGAGCGUAUCAUUGAGGAUGAUGAUGAUGAAGAAUGUUGUUUCCCAAAUCUCCAUAGGAUUAUUGUGUAUGACUGUGAGAGGUUGAAAUGCCUAUUCUCUAUCUCCACACAUGGCAGCUUUCCACAGCUCUCAUUUUUGCGAAUAUCAAAUGCCCCAAUGCUAGAGCAAGUAUUUGGAGGGAAGCAGGGCGCAACACAAGAGUUGCACGUCAAGCACGUGUUCCCAAGGCUAUUUGUGAUAGGCCUUGAUGAGCUGCCGAAACUUCAUACCAUCUGCCCUGCAAUUGAUUUCCAAACCGUGAUAUGCCGUUACGUUGAGGAUUGUCCCAACCUCUCAUUGACUUCAACUGAUAAUGUUCACUUCAUUGGUAGUUAUAUGAAUUGGUCACAAAAAUCUGAGAGUACGAAGGGCAACAUGGAUGAGGGUGAUCUUUUUGAACAACUUAUUAAUGUAAGUACCAAAAUAAAAUGGGUCAAUCUAAGGAAAGAGAAAGCAGGGGGAGACAGGACAAUGAACGAUGCAUACACCAAACUUAAAUAA